UGGCAUAUAUGGAUUGUCGUUUUAUUUGAUAAUUUGGCAUUCUAGGAUUACCCUGGGGAAAUUGUAUACCAGAUUAGAUAGCCAACACAACGGUGUAUUUUGCGCAUCCCAAAGAUAGAAAUGGGUUAAUCAGGAAACUAUUCGAGUCUUUAAAAGAAAAGAGGCCUGUGUCUUUAAAGUUUAUGUAGCAACAGAGGGAUUGCAGGGAUAAUGCUAUUGGGGCGGCAGAUCUGUUACUUCUGACGUUCCAAAGCCUCAGGGAGUUGGCUCAAGAGUUCUUGUCUUUGAUAAGGUCCUAGAAACUUUGUUGUAACUUUGUGAUCUGUAAAAUCGCCAGUAAAAAUUAUUAGAAUGUUUUUAGUUUUUUUCACCGCGGCCAUCAAUUCACCAUCCUCUGAAAACAUGAAAAGAUAAAGGAUGAAUAUGUGUUGGUGAAUUUGAAUGCGCUGUGUUCUUUUUGAAAGGGAAAGGGGGAGUAUUGUUUUCUAUGUUGCUUCCGGGACUAGGCUGUCGGUUCCUUACUUUGAAGUGCGCUGUUUUACGCGGAGCCCAGAACGUAUUGGAAUAGCCUACAGGAGAGACCUACGGUAUGGCAUGGCAGACUGAAACAUUUGCAAAGAAAAGGGGGAAACUAAGCAGAAUUUUUCCCCCCCCUGGAAAACUACAUUUUUCUUUCUGCAGCUAACACGAAAAAAAUCGGACUGUGAAGGGGUCUGUCGUGGAAUCGACUAUUGUGGAUUAUUUUUCUGUGGAUAAAAAAACGGAUACUUUUGGAAGACCGAACUCGUGGAUCGAUGAGAGAAGACUGGCAGAGAAGCUCCCCGGCUGACUAUAGAGAGUGAGGGGAUUGUUGUAGCGCUCUGAGGCGAACAACGCACAGGAUUUCUGUUGCUGCUGCCUUCGGAGCCAUGAGCAGAGCGCUUAUAUCGGACCAUAUCGCCAAUAGCUUCCGAGAAGAUGCUCCCCGUCCCCCGGUCCCGGGGGAGGAGGGCGAGGUGCUGCCGUGCUACCCCGGCAAACUCGCCAUGAUGAGACCCCAGGGUACCGCGGUCAAAGCGCUUUUGCUCGCGCCUCCCGGUUACAUUGCGAAGAGGAACGAGGAUGGACUUGGGGAACCCGAGGGGAGCGCGUCACCGGAUUCGCCGCUAGCCCGGUGGACCAAGUCGUUGCAUUCUCUUCUUGGGGACCAAGACGGUGCUCAUCUAUUUAGGACAUUCCUGGAGCGCGAGAAAUGCGUCGACACUUUAGACUUUUGGUUCGCCUGUAAUGGUUUCAGGCAGAUGGACCUCAAGGAUACCAAAACGCUGCGAGUCGCCAAAGCUAUUUACAAGCGCUAUAUUGACACCAGCAGCAUAGUUGCCAAGCAGCUCAAGCCUGCGACCAAAACCUUCAUUCGGGAUAAUAUUAAGAAGCAACAGAUUGAUUCGGCUAUGUUCGACCAGGCACAGACUGAGAUCCAGACCAGCAUGGAGGAGAGCCCCUACCAGAUGUUCUUGACCUCGGACAUUUACCUCGAGUAUGUGAGGAGCGGGGGCGAGAACCCUGCUCAUGUGAACCCUAACGGGCUAGGUAGCCUGAAGCUGGUGUGUGGGUACCUGCCCACCCUGAAUGAGGAAGAGGAGUGGAGUUGUAAUGAUUUCAAAGCCAAAGCGCUGGCUUCUGUGGUUGGACUUUCUGCCCAGGCACUGAGGGCAACAGUGUCUAUGAGGACGGUGAUGGAGAAGGGGUACAGGUCCCACAGGCGAGGGGACCCGGUCAACCCGUACCAUGUGGGCUCAUUUGCCCCAGCCACCAGCACCAACGACAGCGAGGUGUCCAGCGACGCCACGACAGACGACUCCAUGUCCAUGACAGACAGCAGUGUAGAAGGCAUCCCUCCCUACAAGCUGGGCUCCAAGAAGCACAUGCAGAGAGAGAUGCAGCGCAACAUGAGGAUGAACAGCCAGGUCUCUCUACCUGCCUUCCCUCGGACACAGAGAUGUCCUAAGGAGAUGACUCCGGUAGAGCCGGCAGCGUUUGCGUCUCAGCUCAUUUCUCGUCUGGAGCGUCUGAAAAGAGAACAGGAGACCAUGAGUUCCCUGGAGGAGAGGCUGCAGCAGAUGCAAGAGGAGGAGGAGAGGGACGAGGCUGAGGUGCCCGGCAGUAGUGCCCCCCUGCUCUCCCCCCACCCCCUGUCCCUCCAGCCCACCGGCCCCAACGACGAGGACCCCCAGGCCAUUCUGGAUGACCACCUGUCCCGUGUCCUAAAGACCCCUGGCUGCCAGUCCCCGUCCACCGUGGCCCGCCAUUUACCCCGCUCCCGCUCUCCAGAGCACAGGACUCUUUCCCGGGGAGGCCCCGGUCUCAAGCCCCUGGUCUCACCCGGGGCCUCCAGCCCCAGUGGCACCUCCAGCUUAGGGGGCUUCUCAGUAGGUUUCACUCCAGGAAGGGCCCUCUCCCUGGGCAGGCCCAGCAGCAGCACCAAGCACAUCCACCACCACUACAUCCACCACCACGCCGGUUCCAAGAGCAAGGAGCAGAUGGAGAGAGAGGCAGCCCAGAGGGUGUUGUGUCUGUGUCCGGUGCGGUCUGGAGGGGCGGAGGGUGGUCCCCCUUACCCACGCAGUCGCAGCCUGGGCAGGGAGAUGGUGUCCUGUGGCAGCAGUCCCGCAGAGUCCAAUAUGGGGCGCUCCAGUUCCCUUUCCCGAGGGGGUUGUCGGCCGGGGGCUGAGGAGGGGGCAGCAGAGGGGGGUGAGGUCGUGCCCCUCCAGCUACCCAGUGACAGCACAGACCGCUCCCAGAACGUGUGGCAGUGGAUCCUGGAGAGUGACCGGCAGGACAAGCACCACAAGCCCCACAGUACCCAGGGCACUAAGAAGGCGUAUGGCGGCGGAGCGGCGUCCAACCAGACACACACGUGGGGCGGCGGAGGUGCCAGCGCCCAUCUCCGUGCCCACCAGCCCGCCCAUCCCUUCAUCCAGGACCCGGCCAUGCCCCCCCUGCCCCCGCCCAACACCCUGUCCCAGCUGGAGGAAGCCUGUCGCAGACUAGAGGAGGCCUCCGUCUCCAAACCCCCCAAACAGAGCAGACACUCUACAUCCAGCCUCCAGAGAGAGAAGUGCCACCCUAUGCCUGUCCAGAGUGGGCCCUGCCCAGUGCCGUCCCCCCUCAGCCCCGGUCCCGGCUCCGGUCCUGCUGCUUCUCUCCAAACAGAAGAGCUGAGAGACACCAACAGGGUGCUGCAGGUGACGACAGGCUGCCAUGUUGCUCCAGCCAUGGGGAGUGAGACAGAGGUAACCUACUUCUUCUGUGGUGAGGAGAUCCCCUACCGUAGGCGGAUGAAGACACACAGCCUCACACUGGGACACUUUAAAGAACAGCUCCGCAAGAAGGGACACUACAGGUACUACUUCAAGAGGGCCAGUGAUGAGUUUAAGUGUGGAGCCGUGUUCGAGGAGGUGUUGGAUGACAGCUCUGUUCUGCCCAGGUACCAGGGGAAGAUCCUGGGCAAGGUGGAGAGGAUGGACUGAUACCCCUCCAGAAGUACCAGAGGAAUGUAUUACAGAAACUGCAUGGACACCACCCCCCUGUUCCACCAGAGAGUCUUAAGGACUGAUGACUGGAGAUUCUGUUGAAGAAGCUUGGCCAAUGAAGGAUGGAGAGUGGAGUACAGGAGUAGUGGAGUAGAGGAGUAGCCAUCAACAGGACUAUUUAACAACUAUUUAACGUCUUGGAGAUGAAAGAGGAGAAAAUGGUGGACUGUGGGUUGGGUUUGGAUACGGGUGUUGGGUUCCAGAAACUAUACGUGAAUUGAAUGACCACUAUCUGAGGGAGUAGGCUGGGACCUCUGAAAGCUGAGAGACUGCUAGAGGUGAAAGGUUGAGAGGUGAAAGUUGGGACUGGUGCCCUAUCUGAGCCUGCCUCUACCAACAACCCUAGAUGUAUAUGCAGAUGGACAUAUAAUGAUUUUUUUGAUAAAUGUAAAGAGUUUAUAAAUAAUUUAUUGAAAUGUCACUCCCCUCCCCAUAGUCCUGUGGAUGGACAAGCUGCUUGGAGAAUUGGGAGAUGUCGUCUCCAAUAUUUCAAAUGCAAAGUAUUUAGUUUUCCACCCUCCCCUUUCCUGCCUUGUCAACUAAUCCUGUGGCAGUGUUUUCUGUUCUGAUCAGUGACUUCCUGCCCUAACUUCACGGUGUGGUAUAGCACAGGUACCACAGCCCUGUAAGUCUCAUCUCUCAGUGCCUUUGUUUUGUUGCCCAGGCUUUGCACAGGGAACGAGCCCACACUUAGGACAACACUACCCCCGAACUGGCCCUAAACUGGCCCAGAGCACCAAACUACCCCCGAACUGGCCCUAAACUGGCCCAGAGCACCAAACUACCCCAAAUUGCAGAAACAUGCUAACAUAGAUUUACACCUGUUAAAGACAAGCCCACCAAAUGAAUCUAUACCAGCCAAGCUCAACAGUUGUUUUGUGUAUAGCCACCCCUCAUUCCUUGAUGUCCUGGCUUGUGAGCAGAACGACAGAUCCAGGGGUGUAUUCAUUAGGUCGAACGGAAGGAAACUGACAAAGGGGGAGGGACUACCUUUCCUGGAUCUGUCCAAUAAGAAACGCACAUUUUCAUGUUGUUUAGCAAAACCAGUUCUGAUACAUGUCCUAAUGAGUAUGUCUGCCUUCGAGAGACUAGUCCCCCCCCCCCCCCCCAAAAAAAA